GUGACAUGUGGCAGCGAGGGCUCAACACGACUUGCAAGUUGCAUCGUGAUCAGCGCUAUUGACCAUGAAUUCUCCUGAUCCCGGUUCCCCGAUCUCAACAGAUUCAUCUGAUUCACCUCCACCCGAUGAUGCCUUCCAGUUCGUGCGUGAUUCUCAUACAUCGUUCCUCCAUUCUGCCACGACUCAAAUAUUGGGAAACAUCACGUCGGUGAUGCCCAGCCCUGGGUCUAAGCGCCGCCUCCCUGGCGGCUCUUCCUUCGAUGGUCCUUCACGGAGAGAUGCAAAGACGAGGAGACGAGAGGAUGCAAUGAGCAUGGUGGGAAAUUCUCGCCGAAUGACAGAAAGCCAAAAUCAAAAUGCAGGAGGAAGCAACUCUGGAAUGACUGCAAGUAAUGCCUGGGGAACAAAGGGCGAACACGGGAGCAGGCGUGAUAAGGAAGACCUUGUUGAUGUUUUAAUGGCAGAACAACUUAGAAAAGAAUUUGGGGAUCCGUUCUUGGAGACAGUCAUUAAGAGCCCAAGCUGAUCGAUGUACUACACCAUCUAAAUCGUUCCCCCUAGUUGGUGAGGAAUGGUUCUUGCAUGAAAUUCUCACCGUUCACCUGUAUUCAUUCCGCCAUAUAACCGCUCAUAUCAUAGUCGUAUUCGUAUUGGACCGGCAGGAACGUCUUCUGAGC